UGUGCGUGCAUAGAGUCUAAAACGAACUAAAGUGUCAGUGAAAAAACCCACACAGCCUUGACAGAGCUUCCCAUUACAGCCUAGCUUCUCUUUUUCCACUUCAGCCCUAAAACCAAGAUAAACGUUUAACAGAAUAUCAUGAAGCACUUUGCAUUUCUGCAACUUUACUAAUCUUUCAGUACCAGCCCCUCUCAUACAGAUGCUGUCAGUGAUACGACGAGACGAUCAGAGGGAGGAGAAAUAAAAGAGAGCAUGCAGGAGUGAAGAGAACAGAAAUGAACAGGAUAUAGGUGUUUGCUUCUUUUUGCGUACGUUAAGGUUUCACAUGUGAAGUUUGGUCUUGGUGGUCGGAGUUAGCAGUGAGUUUCUUCAAAAAUAUGAAGUUUGCCGCAUGGUAAUUUGGCCAAGGCUGAAAUCAGCCAUGUUACACUGAAAGAGAGAAUAGACGAAAAGAGGAACAAAAAAGCUGUGCAAACCUUUCCGGCCCAGAUACAUGCACGAUUACCCCAGCAGAACGCUAAGUGUGCAAUAUGAACCUGUUACAUAAGAGCUUUUGACGAUAAAUUUCUCCUAAGAGUUUUUACACAAUCUCACAUUUUAUCCAAAAUAAAAGACAAUAUUUGCUCACCUGAGCAUUUUUAUUAUCAACAAAUACCUUGCAAGACAUUUGUGAAAACCUUCUUGACUGUCUCCCGAGUGACUAUUUAGCCAGCAUGCACAUCCUGAGGCAAAUUUUCAGCAAUGUCCUGCUGUCUCUUGUUCUUGGACUUUGUUUCGUGCCCAUUCAGGCACAAGAGACAGAUAGGACGGGCACAGAUGCCACCAGCGCAUUAUCGAUUACUGAGACUGUGAAAGAAACAUUAAGGACUGAAAGCAUCAGUACGUUUCCACCUACAAUGAUUGUCACAGCACUACCAACAGAACCAAAUCAGGUUCAUUCAGAAUCCACACAGAGUUAUCAAAUGAGCACAAAUCUUGAUAAAUCAACAGCUGGGACUACUGUGCAAAAUGUUAUCGUGACAGAACAAACAACACCAUCAUCUGUUUUUGAAAGAACAACUGAAGAACAAACAACCAUGGCGGUGGAAACAACCACCAUCAGUGUGACUGAUUCAACAACUUCUUUGCCAACCACGAGUCUUCACGAAACCACUGGUGGCAUCACUACUGCUGACCUGACUAGUAUGCCUACUGUAGAUCACAAACAUGAGACGACCGCAACAACAGAUGCCGUGACUACUGAAUCACCAGAAGCUAUCACUUUUCAACCAACCAGAGACCGGACUGAGUCCAGUACAUCCAUCACAUCCAAGGCUGUGGAAACCACCACAUCUGCUUAUGUUACCACAUCGAUCUCUACAACUACAACUCUAACCUUCACAUCACAGCCAAUUCCUGGUGCUCCUAAUCUGCAUCACUCAACGUCUGGAGAGGACUUAACCUCCACCAAUUGUACACGUACCACCGUUGUUGGAUAUGCAAGUGACGCUAUCCCGUUCUAUCACACACAAGGUUUUAUAACCAUAGUGUGUGUGAGUAUCGUCUGUGUGCUAUUUGUGUGCUUGCUACUGUUCAUCCUAUGUCGAAAGAAAAAAAAUACUUCCGGAAAGUUCGGCCCUGGGUACAUGAAUGGACAAAAUAAAAAUUCCAACAAGAAAAAAGGGGUGGAGAAGGAUGCGUGGGCGGGGCCUGUGCAUUUGGAGGCUGGAGAGAGAGUGGAGUGUGAUGGAGAGGUACAGGGUGCUCCGGAGUCUGCUAAUGGAAACAGGGAUGGAGAAGAUGUGGUGCUCAGCACAUUUGUCCCCUUCGAAACCGAUGACACAUCUAACGGUGGAGUGGGUGGAGAAGGAACAAAAGAGGCUAAGAAAUGGGAGGAGCAAGAACCUCUGCUUUACAUAGAUGAGGAUGAGGACAAGAUUACAGAGGGGAACAAUCAAGAGAAACCAGCCUCUGAUGAGAAGAUGUUAGGUGGAGAAGCAUUUUGUCUCACAACAGCAGUCUAAUAUUCUUACUUUAUCUGACUGGCCAUUGUGUGAUAAACAAGUACAAAGUUAAAAAAACAAAACUACUGUAUAUACAAAGACAUUUGGUGGCUUCAGAAAUUCCCAUUUUAAUCACUUAAUGAAUCUUUUUUCAAACUAUUGUGGUGGUUAUUAUUGUUGUUAUAUUUUAUUUUUCCAAAAGGGUAUGUGCCUCUUACUCUUUGGAAUUGGUCAACAUUGUGCAAAGUUCAUUUUUCACUCUAAUAACAGUCUUCUCAAAUUAUGCAUUUAGAUGAACAAUUUCUAAAAGAGUAUUUUUUGCAAAAUAAACAAAAUGUACAUUUUAAUGUCAAACAUUUUGGUAAAGUGAGUUAUUACUAACUCAAUGAAGCUGGUUUUCUAUUAAACUCUCUAAAAACAAACAAAGUGGUUCACUUGCUCGUAAUCAUAUAUGGAACCUUUUUAAGUGCCAUAAGUGUAUUUAAAUGUAUUUAUUAUUAUUUUUAAGGCAUUGGCUAUUAUACAAGAUUAUUUAGGCUUUAUAAAACCUUAAUAAAUGAACCAAGACCGUAUAAUUUUUAAAAAACCUUAUAAUGUUUUCCAAGAAAUUGCAUGGGCAUUAAACUUUGAUGUAAUAUUCUAAUUUAAAGG